UUCUUCCAUCUCUUCUCUUCUACCUCUGCAAAGUCUCAAUGGCAGUGGAAGGUGUUGCAUGGGGCAUAUCCGUCGCAGGAUGGAUCAUGUCCCCUAUCAUCUCGAGGCUUCUGGACAAAGCCUUGUCCUACUGCAAAGAUGACAAAAAAAAGACACUUUACCGCUUGUUGACAGACGUUCUUCCUCGCCUGACGCUUACUCUAGAAGCAGCAGAUGCCAUUAAUCAUAGGGCACUCUUUGAGGACAUGGUGAGUGGCCUUAAAUCUGCUUUCUAUGCCAUAGAAGAUAUCCUUGAUGAGCUGGAGUACAUUCGUCAUCAAGAGAAGCUGGACAGGCAGAAAAGUUUCUCGUCAAAAAUAGAGAAGAAAAAGUCCAUAAUUACUUUGGAUGCUGAAGCCGGUCCCUCGAUCCAGGAUAUUUUUGUCGAACCGAGUUUGACAUUCAAUGCAGCUUUAAAUGAUCGCUUGAAGGAUAAUAUGGCCAUGAUAGAAGAACUUAUUGAUAAAGCACAAGAUAUUAUUGCACUCGCGGAGCCGUCAAGCAAGGAUAAAACUGGUACUGCCAAAAAUACACAGGCAAGCACUACUUCAGAUCCAACAGCAGCGGUAAUUGGCCGAGAUGAGGAUCGUGACCGGAUAGCAGAAAUGCUCCGUGAUGAAAAAUGUGAUGGCAAUUCAAGAUCAAGUAUCAGUGAAUGUUUCUCAGUAAUUGGCAUUUAUGGCAUUUCAGGGUCUGGGAAGACAACCCUUGCACAACAUGUUUGCAAGUAUGAGGAAGAUGAAAAACGUUUCGACCUUAUUAUGUGGAUUCAUGUUUCUCCCAACUUUAGUGUGAGUGACAUUUUCAAGGAGAUGUUUGAAGCAGCUUCAGUAGAUAAGGAGAAAUCAUGCCGUACAUUCUGUAGCCUUGAUAUUUUGGAAAAAGAAUUGAAGAAGAAACUAGAAGGCAAGAGAUUCCUCUUGGUACUAGAUGAUAUCUGGUGCGAUAAGGAUUUUGAUAAGCAGAAGCUGGCGAAGUUACUUUCUCCAUUGAAGCUUGGAGAGAGAGGAAGCAAGAUCCUAGCGACUAGUCGCAAUAAAGAUGCAUUUUCAGAUCUAGGUCCUGGUGUGGCAUGUACCGUUUUCCCAAUAAGUGCCUUGGAUGAAAAGGUCUUCUUGGAACUGUUCAUGUAUUAUGCCCUUGAAAAUACAAAUGCAGAUGAUUCAGAUAAAAAAGAACUGAAAGAUAUUGGGGCUGCUAUUGCACUGAAACUGAAAGGUUCACCUUUGGCGGCUAGUACAGUGGGGGGACAACUACGUAAAAGAAAAAAUGAUGUUGGCUUUUGGAGAGAAGUUCAAGACCGGGACCUUCUGAAUGAGACAUUGGGGGCCCUCUGGUGGAGUUACCAGCAUCUUGAUGAGAAUGUUAGGCGAUGCUUUGCUUACUGCAGUAUUUUUCCUGAAAGACAUCGCUUGUACCGGGAUGAGUUAGUUAAACUAUGGGUGGCAGAGGGGUUCAUACAGACUGUUAAUGCAGAAGAGGACAUGGAAGCUGUUGGUCGGGAUUACUUUGAUGAGUUAUUGGCAACCUCGUUUCUGCAACCAGGAGGAUACCACCUAGGCAGUUUCUACUAUUUAGUCCAUGAUCUUAUGCAUGAUUUAGCCAAGAAGGCAGCAGGGAGUGAUUGUUUCAGAAUGGACAAUGGCUCCAGAAGAGAAGUUCCUCGUGAUGUUCGCCAUCUUUUUGUUGGGAAUGAGGGAAUGAACAUUAAGAAGAUUUUUGGAUUGAAAAACUUACGCACACUCAUUAUUGAUGGUAAGGAAUGGUCUACACGACUUAAUGAAGAGUUCUUUGCCAAAGUGUUUAAGAAGCUGCAAAAAUUGCGGGUACUGGCUGUAGAAAUCAAUGAAAGAAGAGUGUUCAAAAUUCCAGAUUCUAUUGUGCAUUUAAAGCAUCUGCGCUAUCUUGCCUUACGGAUGUUUGGCCAAUCCAAGUUGAUUUUGCCUAAAACAUUAGCCAAGCUUUACCAUCUGCAGGUUCUAAUUUUGUAUGUUCACGAUACAGAAUUCCCUAGUGAUAUAAAUACGGGCAACCUCACCAACUUGCGGCAUAUCAGCGGUGGUCAAAUUGGAAUAUAUUUUCCGAAUAUUGGGAGGCUAACAUCACUCCAAACAUUAAAAGUGUUCCAAGUGAGGACGGAACAUGGGCAAGAGUUAAAGCAGUUGAGGGACCUAAACAAGCUUCGGAGCUGUCUGGCAAUCCAAAGUCUUGAAAAUGUUAAAAGUAAGGAGGAAGCACAUGAAGCAAAGCUAGCUGAUAAGAAAGGACUGCAAGGACUGCGACUGUCCUGGAGUUGUGAUUCGACGUGCACGCCAGAAGUUGAAGCAGAGGUACUUGAGGGUCUUUGCCCACCCAAGGAUCUUAAAAGUCUAGGAAUCAUGAACUACCACGGAUUGAGGUACCCAAAUUGGAUGGUGUCUGAGAAGAAUGGCGGCCCAAAGCAUCUACAUGUACUUAAGAUCCGCGGCUGCAGUCGAUUGGGACCAGCUCCCCAACUUUUUGAGUUCUUCAUUCAUCUUCGUGAGCUCGUCAUUUCUGACUGCAGCUGGGACUGCAUGCCAAACAAUAUGAAGGACCUCAGGUCGCUCAAGACCCUAAUGAUUAUGAAUUGCUUGCACCUCAAAUCACUUCCAGAACUUCCCUUGUCUCUUAUGAAGUUUGAAGUGCAUGAUUGCAAUGAAGUGUUCAUGAGGUCGUGCCAACAAGUAGGUGAUCCAAACUGGGAAAAGAUUCAGCAUGUUGGCGUGAAUAAAACUGGAACUUUUGAAGUCAGGCUCCCAUGGACAAUGACUUUUUGGGAGGUAUAUACAUCUAUCAAUCUCUUUGGUCCCUCCCUUUCAAGUAAAUGA